CAGGCUCAGGGCGACAAGUAUUCUGUAUGACGUCAAAACAAGUUGUGUUGACAGCUAGCCCUAGCUUGAUGCUAACUAGUCUUGCGUCAAGAUCGAUCCGUGGAAAAUCCUUCACGACUCUCAUGGUUUUAUUCUUUUCUUGUCCAUUGUUUGUUCAUGUAGUGUCGAGUACCAGUUUGAGACAUGCAGGAUAAAUAUAGCGACAUUGGGUUUGUCCAACAAAUACUCGGUUUGAAUUUAGUGCCGAGAAAAAAUGGUACGCACCGAGGAAACGACACAUCCCUCAGCGACUUCUCAGAGAUGUGGUAUGGAGUUUUCCUGUGGGCAGCGGUCUCCUCUUUGGUCUUCCACCUGCCUGCAGCUCUGCUCUCCCUGGCCACACUGCGCCAGCACAGGAUGGCCCGAUUCAUGCCCAUCGCCAUUGUCCUCAUGGGCAUCCUGGGACCAGUUUGUGGGGGAGUUCUCACCAGUGCAGCCAUAGCAGGUGUGUACAAGGCAGCAGGGAAGAGGAUGAUCUCUUUGGAGGCUCUUGUUUUUGGUGUUGGACAGUCAUUUUGCGUCCUCAUCAUCUCCUUCCUCAGGGUACUCGCCACCCUUUAGCAGGAAUGAGCCUCACCUGGCUGGCCCUGAUGCUGCCUGUAUAACACCAGUCACACCUUCUCUUCUGGAGUUUAUAACGGAGCAAGACUAGAUUCUUGCCAAAUCAUGCAACACAUGCGAACCAGUCAGGUCCAGGACUUGAUGUCAUUUCCUACUUAUGGACGAGGACCAGAGUGGAUUUUAUUCAACUGUCAAAGAAAGAGCAGUUUGUAAAGUAGUGGGGUUUGUUAUGCAGCACUAAGCUUUGUAGGACAGUAGAUUGCUGCAGUCACAUCACAGGGUAACCACACACUGCACAGUGUGUAAGCUGUGUAAAACUACUGUUGACCAUGGCAGAGCUUCCUCACUUUGUUCCAAAGUUAAGAGAAAACCAUAUUGAAUAAUCAUCGUGAAAUACAUAGCAGUUCCUUCUGUUUGAUGUGAAAGCAGCAGGAUGCUGUUCUGUUGUGAGGAGUUACAGGUGAACAGCAGGAUGACACUAACCUUUCUCAGGUGCUACGUGUGUGUGUGUCUUUGUGUAUGUGUCUCUGUCACGAUCAGUCUGACAAGUUAGACUCCAGAGUAACAGGCAGGCUGAUGCACUGUUGAGACAGAAGAUGGUGGUUAUAUGCAAGAUUCUGACUUUUUCCCCCCCUCGAGGCCUUAAUUUCUAUUUUCUAACUUCCAAAGUGGUGUUUAUCUUCAGGGCUGUCUUUCUUUAACACUCUGUCUCUUGCUGCUCCUUUUGUUCCUCAACAUAUUUUUAUUUUUUGGAUUCAGUUGAUUCAGUUUUGACUGCCUGGGUGUUGUUGUUCAUUCCAAAUCAGUUUGGGUGAUGAAAACAUGUUCUAGCUUUCUAAGAUAGUUUAUUUUUAGAUUAGCAUAAAGAUGAAAAGGAUUUUGUGCAGUCUUUGUCACGCCCCUUACAUGCAGCCUAUAGAAUGUCUCCAGUUUCCCUGGUUUGGUUGUUCCGAGUGAAUCGUUCAGAGGCCUGAACCACCAGGGGACGCCCGGGUGGUCACAUUGCUAAACAAACCCAAAAAUAUCUUUUCUCACUUUGAAUGGUAAUAUAAUUUAUUAUGUGACAGCCCUUUGAUAUUUAUAUAUUCUAAAUUAUUUCCAAGUCUGAUCUUGGUAGCUUUUCAAUCUUUAUGACCAAAUAUAAAUGACUCUUUUAUUUUUCAGCAUUAAAUGUACAUACAGUGUUUCAACACAGGUGCACUCCCUUCUAGUUUUUAUGGUCUCAUUAAGUUCUCACAGUCUUGAAUGAUUUUAGUUGCUUUUUUAAUGGCGGGUCUUUUUAUUAUUGUAUGUGCAACUUGCUUAUUUGUUUUGUUUUUGUUUUUUUUUAAAAUGGAGCUUUCAGGUGAUGUUGUUUGCUGUGUCUGUAUUAGCAGCUACUUACUAAUGAUUUCAAACUAGCCGAUGAACAUAUUGCCAGAAAAGUAAUUACUGAUUGUUGACAUGACAGGAGUCACUUUUCACAGUGUUUGGUUUUGAUUUAAGUUUCACAUCUUUGUCUUGAUGAAAAGCUGCUUCUGUCAACACUGUAUUAUGUCAUUUACACAAAUCAACAUGAACUACACAUUUUAAUUCUUUUCACUUCCAAUGCCAGUAAAAAUGUCCGAUCAUUAAAGCCCUAGACUUACCAAACUGACAACACACAACUAGUGAUGACUUGCUUCACCUCAUGUCACCUGUGUCGUCUGUGUCAGGGCCAAAAAGUUGCACUUGAACACACCACAGUCUACAAUGGCUAACUAGGAUGCACAUACAAGACAGGAAAUAGUCCUCACUUCUGUUUCUCCUGCUCUGCUCUGACUGACUUAGCCGAACAGCCAGUCGAGUGGUUUCUCUCACUAAGGGUCUCUGCCGCCGAUUCAACAUCCUCAGUCGGCUGAGAAGUUGAUGACAAGGGUCAACUUAUGCAAAUGGUGCGAGACAUAUCACAAAAUCUAGGGCUGUCAUUGGCUGACUGCCAGCUUGGUGUGUUCAGGGCCCUUAACAGGGCUAGAUGAACUUGCUUGAGGGCUCAGGGCAAAAAAAUUUGCAAUGGGUUCCCAGGUUUUAGGUUAGUUUUAUUGUUUUAAUAUACUCUGAGUCAGCAUAAUAUCAAGUCAAAUAUUAAAGGUGAACAGAGGGUCCCCCGACAAGACGUAAGGCCAAGAGCCACCUUCAGCGCUAUCUUAAGGCCCAUACAAUUUGAGUACCGAUUGUGCUUUAAUGAUGCAUAUUACCAAAUAAAUACUGAAGUAAUCAAAUAACCACACAGUGAUCCUGGAGUUGCCUGUUAAGAAUCUAGUGUUGAUUGUUAAUAGAAACAAAAUAUAUGGCAAAAUCAGGUUGAGUCUGUGGAGUAGAGUUAGGUUUGGACCUGAGAUGAAAGAAUAAAUAACUUUCUUCCUUUGAGAUUUAUUUCAGCCGUGGAGCAGAUUACCUUGCGUAUGACAUUCCAACAGGAAAUACGAUUUGUCUGCUUAUGCCAUAACACAUCUGUCCUUGAAUGGCGAAUAGUGGUCAAAUGAUCAGCUGUUUACCCUCCCCUGCUUCUUCACCACUUUCACAUUGACUGCACUGAAAUCAUAACACCACCUUGCGAACUGCCACUGUAUUGGCACGUAAGCCACUUGGUCAUUUUUUAUGGUAACUUGUUAGGUACACGGUACACACGGCCUUUGAGCAAGCAAACAGCAGUUUUCUCAUAAUCCCCUUAAAGAAUUUCUGUAACCCUCCAAUCCCAAAACAGCUUAAAUUCUUCAUAUGGGCCCAGUAUUCCACUCCUUCAGCUACACUUGAGUUCUGUUACAUCUGCAGUAAUCUCUAAAAAGUGCAUGUAAAUAUGCACUAAAUCAGACUGAAGCUAGAAUGUAGACUCUUAGGGCAUGGGUUUAGUUCUAGGAAGUACAGUGAGCUGAAAAUGAUUAUAUUUCAAUGACGACACGCCCAGAUUCUCAGGACAAGACCACUGACUACAGUUAAGCAUCCAUGGGACCAACAAUAGGACAGGAAUGGUCGUCACCAGAAGACUUCAGAGACCAAAAAUGAAAGCUGUUUGAGCCUGAUGAGGUGACACACCAAACCACUAACCUCAACUACUUUCAGUGACCAUUAACAUUUGAGUUUAAUCUUCUUUUCAACUGUGAAAAGCUCAGUGUUGCAUCACACUGCACACAUGAUUUUUUUUUUUUCGGCCGAAGACUUGGUUAUGCAUUGAAAAAUGACAAUGAAAUGUGUGGCUAAUGUUUGAAAUGACGUUUUGUCGAGCCCUUGGCGUUGCUUUUAUGCUGUGCAUUUUUGGAGAAUGUUUAUUUUUUAUGGUUGUGUUCCUCAGCUCAUUGACCAUGUAUGUGUGCUCUGCUUCUGUUAUAGCACAUACUGGGAGGUUGACACAUUGAGUGGGAUAAAACUUAACUUGGA